AUGCUGGUGAUCAAGACCCUGCGGGGCCAGCGGUAUGAGGUGGUUUCGGAGGAGGCCCCCACCAUUCGUGAUGUGAAACGACUGCUGGCUGUGCAGCAUGGCGCUCCCUCCCUGCAAUUGUUUUACAAGGGCAUGCGCCUGCCAGACGACCAAGCCAUUGCCGACCUCAAGCUGGGGCCCCUGGACACUCUUGCGGGGAUCCCCAGUCGAGGGGCAGACACAUUGCUGCCCGGGUACCUCUCCCGCCCCGGCGUUUCCCCCGCCAAGUUGCUGCGGAGGUCUGUGGGGCCCGGCAGCACCGCCAGCGCGGGCCAUGCCGUGAGCCGGCUGAGAGAACAGGAUCAGGUGGACGGCUGGAAAGGGACGCGCGGCAGCGAGGCGCUCACCGCCAUGCAGGAGAGCCUGGGCGCCGCCCGCCAGGCAGAGGCAGCGUCUGGCGAGGCGGGGGGGUCCAUUCCGAACCCCAUGCAGGCAUCACCAACACUGCCCCAGAUCCCCACUGAUGGGGCCGGCGCUGUGGUGGGGGGCGUGGCCGGCAGUGAUAGCGAGGCGGAGGGCCUCAUCCUAAGUGUCGUGGACGUCGGCCGCGUGACGUCCAAGGGCGGCAUACCGCCCGGCUUCCUGGAGCGCAUGCGCCAAGCGGAGCCCUCCGGACAGGAUGGCAAUGUGGCGGUCGAUGCUGGGGCUCUCAAUGCGCAGGCCGCUGUCAAAGGUUUGCUCCCAGGCGCUGCGGCGCCGCCGGAAGGGGCUGCAUCCGAGGGCGCUGCAGCGGCAGCAGCAGUCGCCGCGCCGCUGCCCGCCCAAUCUCCUGCCCUGGUCGCCCGGCCCCGGCGCGGGCGCGUGACCAAGCAGCAGCGUAUCGCCUGGGCCUUCAGGUGUGCGCUGGCUCGCGCCGUGCUGGACGCCCAGCGCCUGGCCAGGGGCAGGCGCCAGGUCAGCAAAGUUGAUUCGGCCGGUCCCGCCGAGUGGCAGGGGGACCCCACCACGGUGGCGGAGCUGGCGCGGGCCGCCGCUGGCCGCCGGCCUGCAGCAGCCGGGCAGGGCGCCGCCGCCGCAGCUGGAGGCCGGCGCCCCGGUGCGCCGCGCGCCCUGCCCUCCACCGUGCGCCUGAACGAGCCCUGCCUGGACCGGGGUGCGCUGGACACAGUGGGGUUCCUGGACCACCUGCGCCGCCUGUCCUGGUACCGGGACCAGGUGGUCCACUGCGAGUGGGUGCCGGCGCGCAGAGCGAGCUUUGCGGAGCCUUCGGGCGGCCUGUCGGGGGCGCUGGCGGCGGCGCUGGCGGCCCAGGGCGUGACGCGGUUGUUCAGCCAUCAGGCCCACGCCGUGGACCUGCUGCGCCAGGGCCAGCACACCGUCAUCGCAACUUCCACCGCGUCCGGCAAGUCCCUGUGCUACAACGUACCCAUCCUGGAGGCCAUCGCCGCGGACCCAUCCGCCACCGCCAUCUACAUGUUCCCCACCAAGGCACUGGCCCAGGACCAGCUGAGGGCGCUGCGCACGCUUUGUCAGCGCGUCUUCGGGGACGCCGCUCCGGCGGUGGAGGUAUACGACGGCGACACGCCCAAGAGCGAGCGGGGUCCUAUCCGAGACCGAGCGCGGUUGCUCAUCACCAACCCCGACAUGCUACACAUGAGCAUCCUCCCCGUGCAUGGCCAGUUUGAGAGCCUGCUGCGUGGCCUGCGAUAUGUGGUACUGGACGAGGGGCACGCCUACAAAGGUGUGUUUGGCGCGCACUCUGCCAUGGUGGUCCGGCGGCUGCGGCGGCUGUGCGCCCGCCUCUACGGCUCCAACCCCACCUUUGCCGUGACCACCGCCACGGUCGCCAACCCGGAGGAGCAUGCCGCCCGGCUGCUGGGGUCUCAGGAAGUUCAUGGCACCCAGCUGCAAGAGAAGGCGGGCAUGACGGAGGCCGAGUGGCUGGCAGCCGUCGCGAUCGGGAGGAAGCGGGGCUUGGCGGAUGAGGACGUGGGGCCGCGGCCAGUGCCAGGGGCGAGGGUGCAACACGAUUCUGGGUCGAGCCCCAGUGCACAGGCAGGGCCCAGCGCCACCAAGUCCGAUCUGGCAAGUACCCCCCAGGGAACGUCAGGACGUCAAGGCCCCAGGGGCGAGCCCGUGCGGCCCCUGCGCAUCCGGUCUGGGGGUGGCCUGCGGGCCUCCAUGCAGCGCUUGGCCGGCAGCGCGGACCCCGCUUCCCGGCGGCAGCUGCGCGGCAGGGGCGUUGUGCUCGAGGGCGGGGCCGGGGACGACCGCGCCCACCUGCCCACCUCCCAGGACUGGAAGCAUCACACCCUGGCGCAGACGCGGGCCCGCCACGGCGCGGCGGGGGUGCUCCAGGAGAACCGGCGCGGCAGCCCCAUCAUGGAGCUGAGCUGCCUGCUGGCGGAGGCGGUGCAGCACGGCCUCCGCACCCUGGCCUUCUGCAUGACUCGCAAGGUGUGUGAGCUCGUGACCGCCUACGUGCGUGAGAUCCUCCAGCACACUGCCCCCGGGCUGGAGGAAAGCAUCGCCGUGUACCGAGCGGGGUACAGGUGA